AUGGAACAACACAACCGGCAAGAACAACAACGACGACAAGAGCAGCAACCGCUAUACCUUACCUCAGACGCAGAAUCAUCAACACAUGGCAUGCCCGUCUACAGUACAAGCAACAAGAGCCCCAUCCAAACUCUCCGAGGAGGAAACCGAAAGUGGAAUCUUCCCAUUCCCAAUGACUCUUCAACAAAUGAACAAAACAACCACGAAAUCGCCUUCGUCUUUCGGAUACUUGUCGUGCUAGUCUCUUCCAUGUUUGUCAUGUUUGGUAUGGUGAAGCUCUUCUACAAUUCCAGCCACAAGCGUCAACGGAGACGGAAGAAACGUCUGGAUGAAACCAUGAUCACUGCCGCUAGCAGCAUAACAGUAGAUCUAGAGGCAAAUCCUAAAGAGGAACUGGAAAGAGAAAACCUACUGAAAGCAGAAAAGUCAGUAGAUACCAGCAUGCCAAUCCGAGCAUCUUCCAAAACAAAGUCUCCGGCGAAAUGGCUGACCACAGUUGGCCAAGAUUGGAUGUCCCAUCUGGACGACGACUUGAGUUUGGCUGCCAUCUCCAUUCCUGGCAGUCAUGAUUCCGGUUCUAGGUACGGUGGAGUGUAUGUUACCACUCAGACUUGGAGCAUUGGCCAGCAACUUGACAGCGGGAUUCGUUUCUUGGACAUUCGAUGUCGUCGGGAAGGCAAAAUCUUCACCAUUCAUCACGGACCAUUCUAUCAACAUUUAUGGUUUGAUCAAAUCUUGGAAGUGAUCCGAACUUUUUUGGAGGGACAUCCUUCGGAGACCAUCCUCAUCCGGGUCAAGGAAGAGUACGAUCCAAAGGAGGGGUCCGACUCCUUUGUGGCCAUUUGGAAUCGGUACAUGAACGAACUUGGGUAUGGCGACCUCUUGGCUAAAUAUCCCUGGGAUGGUAAAACGAUACCAACACUAGGACAAGUCCGUGGCAAGUUUGUGCUCUUGCGAGACUUUGCUUGGAAGGGUCCAGAAAUCGGACUCCAUUACAAUCGAUUUGGCAACGCCUUUAUGGAGGUCCAGGACGAUUACUCCAUACCCUUUGUCAAUGGAAUCAGCAAGAAAAAGAGCGAGGUCAAGGUUUUUCUCGAAAAGGCCAAGAAUCGAAGUUGCCAAGACAGUUGUCAUGGUGAUAGCGGCGGUACCCACCAACCAUUGAAAAUCAUCAUCAAUCACUGCUCCGGUACCAAACCUCCAGUCUACACUCCCUCCUUUGUCGCCAAACGAACCAACAAGGUGGCUUACGAUGGGAUUGGAUUUUCUUCUAGUGACAAAUUAUGCUACAAUGGUAUUAUUGUGAUGGACUUUCCUGGAGAAAGUCUGAUUCAUCGCAUCAUUCUGUCCAAUGCAACCGAAACGACGAUCAGCAGCACAUCCCCGCCAACAAAAACUCCGUUCAUUAUCAGCGAUGCUGAGCAUUCCGCUUGA